UUGACGUUUCUGCACGUUUCUGUCUCUCAGUAUCCCAUUUUGGGGGGUCGUAUAACGUUCAUAUAGUAUGGAACCGGUGACUGGUCGUAUUGGUGGGGUACGAGCGAAAUUAGACUGGUACCCGGUCCCACCUAUCGGCUUAGGUUAUCACCCAUCGAGUAAUCGAGGUGGGAGCGAGUACCAGUCUAGAGCGAAAUCCCCAGGAUGUGUUGUGAUGAUUGUGUUUCAUUCCGCGAGAUGGCGGUUAUGGAUACGAUGAGUGUUGACAAAUUUCUAGAAGUAUAACUGAACGUCUUCUAAAGGUUUAUUCAUCAUUGCAUAGCAGUAUAUCAAAAGAAUCCUGGACCAAUCAAGGAGUCAUCUGACUUCGCAAGUAGCCUGCAUAGCAACUGCACUGGGAAUAUCCUUAUUACAGUAAAAAAAUGGAAGAACCAAGCGAUAUGUCAAUGUACUACAGGUGCACUUCAUGUUGUGAGUGUUUUUUCUCACGGUUGGAGUUCUUCAAUCAUGCCGAGAGAGUUCACUGUAAAGUACUGGUGUGUCAAGGUCAUGACCCCGAGGAGAACACAGAGACGGCUGUGAUUGAUGGUGUAUCUACUGAAACACAGACAAUAUCACUGAAACCAGAAGGUCGUUCUCAAGAUAAAGUAAAUAUUGAUUAUGAAACUGCCGCACUGUUACAACAUCCUGCAGGAGAGAUCAAUUGUCCGGCAGAAAUAGGAGUUAGAAGAGAAGGCAGUGGAGGAGGAGGAGAAGAUGGAGGAGGAAGAGGAGGAGCAGGAGGAAAAGAAGAAAGAGGCAGAGGAGGGAAAAGAGUCAGAAAAGAUCCACCUGUCACUGUGAAACUUGAAGUAACAAAUGACCAUAUUAACAGUGAGAGUGCUGCGUGCUGCAGCGUCAGUGAUACAUCAUGUUACAACAGUGGCGAUUCAAUGAACAAUCUCAUGCAGGUUGUAGUAGCUAACACGCACUGCGAUAAUGGCCAGAAUGGAGUAUCUGGCGCAGUUGCUUACAAAACUCCAGACUGCCCUGGUAGGCAGUAUUCUAUCAAUUUGCCUCAAGUUCAGAACGGUGCUUCGAAUGCUGUGGCCACGACCACUGUGGGGGCUCUCAGUUCUCUGGCUCAGAUGGAGAUGACGGAACAUGAAAUAUUAAACAUGGUAGAGAGAGAAAUGCCAUAUGCAGCAGGCACCAUGGGCAUCGAUGCCAUAGCCGGCAGACCAGAGCGAUUUUUUCACGUUAAUAUGUCCAGUAUCACUCAGGGUGCAAAGAAAAUCAACUCCGUACAGACGCAGCCCCUGCCUCCCGUGAGAAUCAGGACUGUGGAAACUGUCGGUAAUACACUCCGCAAGUCGCGAGCAGCACUCAAACCAGGAGGAAUUCGGGUCGUGCGUGCAGUCUCCGACUGCGUGUCGGGAAAUUCCACCGAGCAGACAAGAGAACGUUUCACGACGCAACCGCACGUGCUGGAGCGGCUGCAGCCGGUCACGGUGCGUACGCCAGACGGUGGAAGCGACGUCAGUAGAUCGUUCGCGAAUUCUCACGUUCAUUUUAAUGGAAAAGCAAAACCAUACCACUGUAGCCUGUGCUCAGCCACCUUUAGCAAGGCGACGGCUUUGAAAUCUCACGUGCGAUUCCACACGAAAGAGAAACUGCAUCAUUGCGAGUGGUGUGGCAUUUCGUUUCCGCAUUCCAGUAACUUAAUUACACACAUGCGUUAUCACACCAAGGAGAAGCCGUACGAGUGCGAAUGGUGUGGGGCAGCGUUUGCGCAGUCGGGAAAUCUUAACUCACACCGGCGGAUGCACACGGGGGAGAGACCGUACAAGUGUGAUAUCUGUGGAGAAAGCUAUACCCGAUCAAAUCUGCUGAAACAACACCAGCGAAAGCGAUGCAGGGCAGCAUCCACACAGGUGCAUGAAGCUAGCUGAGUCAGCACAAAUCGUGUGAGGAUUUCUAGCAACAGUGGAUUCACAUGCACAUUUACACGUCUUUGUGCACAAACAAAAUGUGGGGCAUUUGGCCUGUGUCACUCACGCGUGCGAAUACAGAUAGGAACGUACUUGACCAAUGAUUUAGCUCAGGCAUCACAUGUUUAGCUAAACCAGCAGACUGUAAAACUAAGAACGCAAAAUAGAAGCUGCGCCAUCAUAUAGCUGAUCAGAACAAUUAUUCUUCAGAAGGAGAAAAGCCUUCCCUUGUUCUUGUAAAACUUGUGAAAGUAAAUGAUCGGCAUUUAAAUUCAGGGCUCAUUAUUCGGCAUUAAGCAGCGAAUCAGCCUGUCGGAACCAUGCAGAGAUCACGAUUGCAUGAAAACGAUGUUGAAUUUAGGUUCGUUACUCUGUCGGCGUUCUUAAAUCCUUAGUUGAUUACAGUUUUAUUCUGUACAAAAAUAUCUGUACUGUGAAGAUGGUGCAAUGACGUGUCAACCAAGUCAUCAACCUAACGAUGGCCACAAAAAUAAACGCCUGACUGAUUCGACUAAAAUGAUUUCAGAUAGUGUGCUAUGUAUAUAUAGUUUAGUCAUAAAUUGCACAUACCUGCACAACCAAUGCAGAGUGAAUAAGUGUUGUUUGGACCAAGAAGUGAAAGAAGUCAUGCUCCAGGGCUUUAAAUGUUCUCUUUUUUUUCUGUUGGGAUAUAUCUUGUGUUUUCCAUAAUUGGUUUUGAGGGUAACUGCAUGGUUCUUUCUGGCCCUGGCUCUUGGUUAUCAUAUGGGGUGGUCUGAGGUUUCUUAUCCAGGCUGCUGCCUUUGUUUUCUCUGCUUUAUGGACAGUGCUAUGUUCUGCUGUUCUGUGUCUGAUACUGCGAUUUGCUUUCGUUUUUGUCUUUACAGAGUUUCUCAAGUUCUGUGUUGUGUUGCUUCCUUAGAAUCCUUCUUUUUGAGCUCGUGCACAGUAUAUAUCACAUCAACUGCUCAUGUAUAGGGAGGCAAUCUACUACGUUGCUUGGUUUGGAGACAGCCAUAUAUGUUUUUGUUCUUUUCUUUAUGCUGGAAGAAUCUGUCUGGUUAUAAUUCUAUUUCAAUUCAAUUUCAAUUUUCUAUUGUAAACUUCAGUUCUGGAAGGGUUUUCUCAGUUUCUGUCAGUGACAAUCAGUAUUAUGUCUAUAUUAUUUUAAUAGUUAUUUUAAUGGUAAAUUCUGCUUUCGGCAUUAUUAUUAUCUUAUUUAUUCCAACAAUUGUAUAGUUAAAUGUAAUUAUACAUCCUUUAUUAUUCAUAUAUUUUGGAGUAAAUUUUGCUUAUAGUUGUUA